UUUUUUUGUUUUUUAGUACUAUACUUCUUUGGGAACAUGGAUCCCGUUGUUUCUUGUAAAAAGGAGAUCAGUGAAGAGGACCAGAAGCUCCGCUCUUUCAUGAACCAGUCUUCUAUCCAUUCCUUCAACCACACAUCUAAGAAGGACCGCAUCAUCCGCAUCACAAACGGCCGCAUUUUUAGAAAUGGAAAGAUCGAGCUGGGCGACCUUUGGGUUCGGAACGGAAAGAUUUUGGAUCCCCAGAGCUACUUCUACAGCCGAAUGAACUCAUCUGAAGUAUAUGCUGAUGAAGUGAUUAACGCUCGCAACCGUAUCGUGUGCCCCGGUUUUAUUGAUAUUCAAAUCAACGGAGCCUUCGGUUACGAUUUCAGCGACCCUUCAAUCACCAAAGAGCAGAUCAACCAUGUGUGCCGCAACCUUCUUUCUUCCGGAUGCACUGCCAUCUGCCCCACCAUUAUCACCUCCGCCUUCGACACCUACCACCGCAACCUCCAGUUGUUUGCCUACCGCGAGGCUUCCGUGGAGGAGGGCUGCGCCAUCCUGGGCGCGCACUGCGAAGGCCCCUUCAUUUCCCCGCAGCGCUCGGGAGCCCACCCUCCCGAAUACGUCCGAGCUCCAGUGAAGGGCGCGGAGUCUGUGCAGGAGUGCUACGGCGAUACGUCGAACAUCAAGAUCGUGACGAUGGCUCCGGAGCUGGAGGGCGCGCUGGCCGCCACGAACUACCUCGUGCAGCAGGGCAUUACCGUGUCUAUGGGCCACACCGCGGCGCAUAUCAACCAGGCGAUCGAUGGUGUGGGCGCUGGAGCCUCGCUGAUGACGCAUCUGUUCAACGCGAUGACGCCGUUCCAUCAUCGCGACCCCGGCAUGAUCGGCGUGCUCGGAAUGCCCACGGAUGAGUCGCCCUAUUACUCGAUCAUUGUGGAUGGAAUUCACUCGCACCCCUUCGCGGUGCGGUUCGCUUGGAAGGCCAAUGGAUCGCACUGCGUGCUCAUCACCGACGCCAUGGCCGCGGCGGGACUCCCCGAUGGACACUACAAGCUGGGAAAGCAGAACGUGGUGGUGGCGGACGACCGAGCCGUCCUGGAGGAGAAUCAUGACACGCUUGCUGGAUCGAUCGUGCACAUCGAUGCCUGUGUGCGGAACUAUGUGAAGUUCACUGGCUGCUCCAGAGAGGAGGCGCUCCGCAACGCCACAAGUAAUCCGGCCCAUGUGAUUCAUAUGGACCAUAAAAAGGGAGCACUUGAGGCCAAUAUGGACGCCGACUUUUUGUUUUUGGAUGAUGAUUUGAACGUGUUGGCGACCUUUGUGGGAGGAGAGCUGGCCUGGAACAAGGAGGGCGUUCAGAUUUAACGAUAGUAACUUUAGAGAUCAAUCGCU